AUGACCCAGACUCCUGAACCCCGGAUAUUUACGCACCGAUCUGUAUCUCCCUUGAAGAGCGCAAACGAAUCCUCUGGCCAUGAAAGAUUCCCCUCUUUUGACAACAGCACUCCUCCAAACCUCCACGUCAAUGCUUCCGUGGUCGCAGAAAGUCCACAAGAAAUCACUCCAACGCCACAUCUCAAUGGCGAGUUGAAAUGGCCGAUCAGAAAGAUGAGCCAGAGGCUGCGCGAUGCUCGGCCCUCUGGAGUGUACACACAUAGGUCCAGGCGAAGCGUCAGUGAUGCCAUUCACAGGAUUCGUACACGACAAGGUAGUGUGAGCGAGAAUGCGCAAGAACUGGCUGAGGCGCUGAAAGCCCCAGUUUCCUACAAACUGAUUGCACUGUGCAUCACCUGGUACAUGACCUCUGCCUUGACGAACACGUCCUCCAAGUCGAUAUUGAACGCAUUUCCCAAGCCGGCGACCCUCACGAUCCUACAGUUCGCCUCUGUCUCGAUCUGGUGCCUGAUUCUAACAGGCUUGUCCUCUCUGUUCCCCUCGAUCAAAAGAAGUAUACCUGCGCUGAGGAACGGCCUCCGACAACCUUCAUGGGACGUCCUGUACACGGCAUUUCCUCUUUCAGUCUUCCAGUUGCUCGGCCACCUCUUAAGUUCAUAUGCAACAUCCAAGAUCCCGGUUUCGCUGGUUCACACAAUCAAAGGUCUCUCACCUCUAUUCACUGUGCUGGCAUACCGGUUAGUGUUCCGCAUACGUUACAAACAAGCCACAUAUAUGUCGCUUAUCCCACUCACCGUGGGAGUCAUGUUGGCGUGCUCUACCGAUUUUUCGACAAACUUCUGGGGGAUCAGUGCUUCCUUAGUGGCAGCUAUUGUCUUCGUGACGCAGAAUAUAUUUUCAAAGAAGCUAUUCACCGAAUCGGCCCGCGCGGAAGCCGAAGGCCAGGUGCACCUCCCCCGCAAAUUGGACAAGCUCAAUCUCCUAUGCUACUGCUCCGUCGGAGCCUUCAUGCUCUCGGCGCCAGUCUGGCUUUACACCGAAGGCUUGGAAAUCAUGCGAGACUUCUGGAAGGAUGGGUCGAUUGAUCUCACUGAAAAGAGGGGUGCCAUGGAUCACGGGCAGUUGGCUCUGGAAUUUGUCUUCAAUGGAAUCUUCCAUUUCUUCCAGAACAUCAUGGCGUUUGUCCUGCUCUCCAUGUUGUCCCCGGUUUCGUACUCGGUUGCCUCAUUGAUAAAAAGGGUAUGGGUUAUUGUUGUGGCGAUUAUCUGGUUCCGGAGUUCGACCACCCCCAUUCAGGUUGUCGGUAUCGGUCUCACAUGUUUUGGCCUUUAUUUGUAUGAUCGGACGAGUAUGGAAGACGCCGCCGAACGAAGGACUCGUGCCGAUCAUUUUCGUCACAAGCAUACACCACUGUUGCCUGUUGCCGAAGUGAAGACACCAGGCCACCAUGACGGCUCCCAAAUUAAUGACGACUAUGUGACCGGAAUGUCAGAUUCACAUCCCAAAAGAGAUGAUAGUCGCAGUCGAAAAUACGAUCCGAGCUACAUCUCUGGGUGGCUUCCUCCUGGAACGAAACAAGAAAGUACUUGGGCAGUGGGGGACCAAGAUGAAAAGCGAUAA